AAUUAUAAUUUCCAAAAGUGUGGCCUUUUAUUUUUCCCUUUUUAGGUAAAAAUUUCAAAUAUCUACAACCCUGUAAAUGACAGCUGUUUGCGCUCUUUUAUGUAUUUUUUUGUUUAUCAUGUCGGUUUUUUACUUUGCGGUGCAAUUUACUCGAAAUUUCUUAAAGUUUGUUGAAUUUUUGGCGGUAUAGUUAUAACAUUUUGUUUUAGUGUUCUUUUUAUCUAAUUAUAAUGUUUAAGUGAAUUAUUUUGUGAUAAUGGUUUCAACACGUGGGCCCCGUUCUCGUUAUUUCGAGAAGGGCGAAAAAGUUUUAUGUUAUGAACCAGAUCCUUCGAAAGCAAAAGUUCUCUAUGAUUCCAAGAUAUUAGGAACAUAUGAAACUAAGGACAAAAGAGGGCGCAAAAUUAUACAAUACAAAAUACAUUUUCAAGGCUGGAGCAGUUCAUGGGAUCGAAAAGUUAGUGCUGACUUUGUCCUUAAAGAUACUGAAGAAAAUAGGCAGUUACAGCGUGACUUAGCUGAGAAAGCCCAAUUGCAAUUGGGAGCCUAUUUGUAUCGCAAAGAACAUAGUAAAAAUAAAAAACGUUCACGUAAAUCGGCAGCUAUUAAUUCGGAGGAUUCAGCCGAUGCCAGUACUUCGCCCACAAAAUUGAGACCACGCGGUAUUUCGGAGGAUAAUUUUAGUAGUUCGGGUAGUACAUUUGAGAAAAAUGAAAAUUGUUCUAUGAAAGAUGAUUGUGAAACCGAUUCGUGUUGCAGUUCUGUUGAAAGUUUUCAUGAUGAAGAUCGUGUUAUGUUACGUAUCAGUGAACGUUUACGUCAAUAUUUGGAAUAUGAUCAUGAUAUGAUUGUUAAAUAUGGUAAACAGCAUGCAUUACCCUCACGCACACCGAUUGUUGCAAUACUGGAAAAUUUCGUUAAACAGACCGCUCUAAAAAUGGUCUUUACCAAUAAUCAGACCGAAGGUGGUACUACUAGACGACGUACAGCACAACAGCGUACGGCGGAUAAAAAGGAAAAGGAUGUGGAUAAAAUGAUUAAUACAAUUACUUUACUUAAAGAGGUGGCUGAUGGAAUAAGAAUUUAUUUCGAUUUUACCAUAACCGAUUAUUUACUCUACAAAGAAGAGGAGGAUUAUGCUUUAUCCUAUCUAUCUGAAGAGAAUUUAAAAACGUUCACCUAUGUAGCAACACCUGCAUUUAGUAUGGAAUGGUUUAAUACUAAAACAGAUGCUGGAGAAACAAGUACUAUUGCAACUAAUACAACAGCAGCAGAUAUAGUUAUAGAAACUACUACUCCUACAGCAACUACUGGUGUUACCCCAAUUACUAAUUUGACUGAAACGCCAAGUAGCGCUCCAGCCUCGAGCAUAGCGAAUAAUGUCAAUACAACAACUACAACGGCCUCACAAGAAGAUCAACCACAACGUAGAAAAUUACGUUCACAUCGUAGUGAUGAUUGUGAUCUUACUUUAGAGAAUUGUUUAUCCAGUAUUGCUAGUACCAGUUCGGGUGCAUCUACACCCUUACACUCUAAUAUACCAGUAUCACAUUUGAAUUAUUUGAAAUCUUUGCCACCAAUUUCUCCACAAAUUCGAGAUUUCUUACAAAAUGUUUUAUCUUGGCGUCUGUUGCCGACAAAUGCUGUCCCAGCACCGGCUAUGAUCUUUGGCGCACCACAUUUAGCCAGAUUAUUAGUGAAAUUACCAGAAUUUUUAAAUGCUUCUUCUAUGACUGAUGAAAAAUUAAAAGUUCUUUUGCAACAUUUGGAUACAUUUACCAAGUAAGUUUAUCUGCAUGUUUUUU